CUGCCGCUUAGCCCUCCCUUGCCCUUUGACAGACACCACCUGCCCGGACCAAAUAGAGGCAAAGCUGGAAUUGAGUUGCGGUGAGGUGAGCAAAGCAAGCGACACAAGCAUCCAAUGACAACAGACAUCAGCUGGUCCCUCGUGCAGCGGGCAGGUGGUGAUGGCGACGAGGCAGCCAGGGUGGCUCGAUCGGCUGCAAAGUCAAAGGCCGGAGGGAGGAGAGCCGCCCGGCCCUCAAAGGCACACACACAGGCCGGCAGGCAAGCAGCACAGGAAGAGGAGACACGGUCAAGGCUCUUUUUCGCCUUGUGCACUCAGGCGAGGUACAGGAUCAUGCUCCGACUCUCCGUCACGCCUCUACGUCGCGGACAUCGUGGGAGAAUUUGGCAAAAGAUACACAAAUUACAGCACUCGGCGCAGCCCAGCUACAAGCACAGCACAGCACAGUGCAGCGUGGAGCUUGAUUCCCAGCUCGGUUGCGGAUUCAAUGCUACUCGACUGGUUCGAAGUGCAUCUUGUGAUCGAUCACCCAAUUCCAUCCGAUCGAGUGCUGACAAAGAGUCCGAGACAAGACGUCAAGGUAGGAGGUGCUCCAGUACCAGUGAUCAGUCAGAGACCCACCACAGUGGCUGACUGACCAUGCUCAUGAGAGACCAAAGCCCAGACCAGACCAAUGUUGGUCCCAGGCUAGGCAUGGCUUCCACACCAGCUGGGUUUCAGCAGAGUGAGUCUUUACUCGGACCGAGAGGGAGAGUGAAUGGGAGGGUGAAAGA